AAAGCCAGGAUGGAUAAUCAAGUCUGGUAUUUGAGAACUGCAAAGCUGGCUCUGGCCUUGGCAAUCAUCCGCUCAAAACCAGCAGACAGAAGCAGCAGAGAGUACACAGAGCACCUUGCGCGGGUGGUGUCGGGGCAGGACUCGAAGUGGAGAUCAAGAGUUGAAACCUUGGAAGCGGAAGUCCUUCAACUACGUCAAAAACUUCUACUGAGCAGGAUGUGUUCUGGGUUGUUUACGAGAGGAGACUCACCUUCCCAGUCGCAGGCCCAGGAACCUGGAAAUUCUGAAAACACAGUGACUGUGCUGGAAGAUUCUGGGUGUGACUUAUCAAAUGAGCAGAAAACUGAACCUUCAGAGGUGUCCCAGGACUUUGUGGAGAGCUGGACCCCCACACCCUUCCCACUGCUUCCCAUUGCUAACAAGCGUGCAACUCCAGGAAACCCUUUGUCUUCGCACAUGCAAUUCUUGCAGCAUCUGCUUGAGCUGAAGAACUGGGCAGAAUCAGGGAGUCUCAAAACAGACUUAAGCCACUUCGAAAAUAGCUUUUCCACAGUAUCUGAUUCGGUUUUUCAGUUGCUAGAAGGCCUGAUCACUUUUUACCGUGAACCCAAAUUUCCUUUUUCGAGCUUUUGGACAGAAGCUGUUGGUACUUUAGCUAGACUGAUCAGUGGUGGUAACUUAUCUAAUCAUAUUCUUAAAAAGUGUUCCAAGAAGUUGGAAGAAUUUGAGAAAACCCUACUACAAGUUAUUUUAAAGGACCAGCAUAUAAAUCGGUUUCAGGUACAGCAUUAUGUCUCUCAGAGUCUGGUAACCCUGGGAAGUUGCAGCUUGUUGAGAAAAUCUAUAAUACCUCUGCUUCUGUCAGAAGUAAAUAGCUUCAUUGGUGAUCUGGAUGCCAUCAAUCAGGUGCAAACCAGUUAUGAUGUGACACGCUAUGAAAAUAUUUUCUCCCUCUUCUGGGUUCUGGAGCAGCUUCUUCAGAAGGAAAACGAAGAAGGCAGCACUUCAGGUAUGGGGCACGAUGACCAAGAAAUCAAGAAAUUUCUUCAGAAGCAUGAUGAAGCUAUUUCCCAACUCUCUGAUACAUUUCCUUUAUUUACUUUUUAUUUAUGGAGACUGGGCGUUCUCUUGAACUCUAUAGAAAUAAAAACUGUUGAAAAUAACGCACUUCCUUAG